AUGAGUCUCCAUGAGAGAGUUAAUCUGUCCAAGACUACAGAAAGUGGGCAACCCCCGAUCAGAAUGGCUCCAGUAGAGCUGAAGGAGCUGAAGAAGAAGGAUGGAUUGAUGCGUCUUUGCACUGAUUACAGAGAGCUGAAUAAGGUGACAGUCAAGAACCGCUAUCCAUUACCAAUGAUUGACGACUUGUUUGAUCAGCUGCAAGGAGCCAUUAUUUUCACUAAGAUCGAUUUACGUUCAGGCUAUCACCAGUUGAGGAUUAGAGACAGUGACAUCCCUAAGGCUGCUUUUCGUUCUAGAUAUGACUUUGAUAGAGCUGAGAUUGUAGUUUCAGUAGGAGAAGUUACUUCACAGUUGGCUCCGUUGUCAAUACAACCGACCUUGAGGCAGAGGAUUAUUGUUGCUCAGCUAAAUGAUCCAUAUUUGGUUGAAAAGCGUUUCCUGGCAAAAGCAGGGCAAGCCAAGGAGUUCUCCAUAUCCUUUGAUGGUGGACUUGUGUAUGAGAGGCGUUUAUGCAUCGCAGCGGAUAGUACAGUUAAGAUAGAGCUUUUGACUGAGGCCCAUAACUUCCCAUUCUCUAUGCAUCUUGACAGUACGAAGAUGUACCAGGACUUGAAGCAAGUCUACUGGUGGCGAAAUAUGAAAAGAGAAGUGGCAGACUUCAUUAGUAGGUGCUUAGUAUACCAGAAGGUGAAGAAACCAAGACAGAGGCCAACAGGUUUGUUGCAAACCUUGAGUGUGCCAGGGUGGAAAUAG